UAUGAACAAAAGCUUGAGCAAUUUCAAGCCUUUUUAGCCUAAAAACACUGAGAUUAUGCUGUUGCCUGCUUUGAAAAAGUGUUCAUUAGAAGCUUAAAAGAUAUUUCAGACCAGCAAUGGCAACCCAGUAUGAUGUCCAUACUUGUGGUUCAUGUAAGGUGGAGUUUCUCAGCAUAGAGUCCUUUAUUCACCACAAGCAGAAGUCAUGUCUAUUCCUACAGCCAGACAGCUCCGAACAUCGAGGCCAGGAGGUUCUUCUCGUCCUGAAGCCACAAGGGAAAACUAACAAAGGCUCGGACUUGGUUAAUCAAGCAAUGCACGUUCAUAAGUCCAGUCAAGUCAAAAUUAAAUCAAGUUCUCUGUCACCAGUACGUGUUGUCGGCCAGAAUUCACCACCAAUACCUCUAAUCCAGUGUGUCACACAGCUUUCACCAGUUGUCCAAUCCACUCAUCAGAAAUCGCCAAUUGGGGGCAGACAGCCAAUGCGCUUUGGCCCUCUGUUUUCACCAGCUGUUCCACGAUGCCACAUUGUCUCCCAAAAUUCAUCAGUUGUGCAGUCAGUCCCAAACUCGUCAGCUGUUCCACAGAUAUCGCCUGUUAGGCAGCCAAUUCGUUACAUCCAGCAGAAAUCGCUAAUUGGGCAGAGAACUCACCGAGCAACUCUAUUCCAAGUUGGUAAUGCAACUAAGAAAGCUGUUUUCCCAUCACAAACAUUGUCCAGAAUAAGAUCAAGUCAGGAAAUCAAUCAGGCUCUUGAGUUCUUAAAGACAAGUGCCAGUUCUUCUCCUGGAGUCCAUGAAGCCAGGCAACCAUAUAGCCAGGCCCACAUUUUGGAUGCUCAGAACACUGCUACUGUAUCAGAUGUUGUUGUUGAACCUGCUCAGGGCAGUCAGUCAUGUCAGUCGAUCAGGGAAAAGUUGAGUUGUGACAGUCUAUAUAUUACUGACGAUCUGCCUGCAGGCACUUCUGAGGAUGAGUUUGCCACCAAGGAUCUUGGUGCUACUUCUCAUCCUGAGCAAGAUGGGCCUUUGAAUCAAGCUUUGGAAUUCUUAAAACCAACUGAGGAAAGUAUUGUGCUUCAAGAGUUCUAUGAUGAGCAGGUGAAGAAGGAAGUAAGCCAGAUGUCGCAAAGUAUUGCGGGAGGGUAUGUCUCAGAUAUCCCAACUAGAUUGUGCUGCAUCCAGUCAAGCAAGGAUUCCUCUUGUACACAAGGGGAAGGUGAAGUUGGUCAGUUGAUCAAUCAAGCGCUAUUUUUCUUGAAGCCAGCCAAAGGAAAUGAUGGAGAAUCUGUAGAGGCUAAAACACAACCGAAGAAAAAGAGGAAAUUGAUAAGACCAGUUCAUGCGAAGGAUCCAGAGCUUGGGCACGUUGACACAGAAGCCCAAGAGACAACCGGGUUGGAUCUCUCGGAACCAGCUGGUACUGCUACUGCAGUGAACACUGGGGCCUUGAUGCCGGGGAAUCAAGAUACAUUGAUCAGCAAUUCAAAAACUAUUGGGGAUACCGUGCAAAAUACUUGGGGUGAGAAUCAGUCACAACCGUGUCGUCAAAAUAUUCCAGAUUCCGUAAUAAGUAGGCCAGAUAGUAACCUUGAAAUCUUUGAACACGAAAAUUUUGUAAACCAAGGAGCCUUUUUCUUGAACCCUGAUGGAACUAAGAAGCCUUCAGAAGAACAGAUCAGGAAAACUGUGGAAGAUGUUCAGACACUAUUAGUGCUCUAUCCUUCUAGGGCGUUGACUGCCCAGCCUUCAAGUCCGGUUCAGUCAGUACCCAGUUCAGCUGUAUUGGUUUCUGAUUCAGUUCAAGUUGGUGAAACUGGCGGUGUGUUUGGUGCUGAUACAAGUGAACUGGUUCCAGGACAGGUUGGCGAUGUUCUGACUGAUCAGGAUAGAGAAACCGAUAUACCAAUAAAUCAAGCCCAUUUCUUCCUGAAGUCGGCCCAUGAAACUUGGCAGCCCACUGAAAGAGAUAUUUCCCUCAAGGAUCUGUCUAUUUUGGUGAAGAAUGCCGUGAAAUCAACCCAAAAAGAUCCAGGACAGCAUGACAACGUUUUCAAAAAGACAAGAAAGAAAGUACAUGAAAAGCGUGAGUGUCAGGAAUGUGGCAGCAUUCUUCGAUCCGAGCUGAGCUUCAUCGCCCAUCAAGUUGGACAUGAUGAUAAACGCUGCCAGUACUGUUACAAGGUAUUCCAUACAAAAGGUUGGAAGGAAAGGCAUGAGCAUGACAAACACAAUAUAGGACAGUCUAAAUGUGAAAUAUGUGGCAAGGUGUGUAAGACUCAUUCCGGUUGGAAAACACAUAUGAAGUCACAUGAGCAGAAACUUCGGCAAAAGUUUCAUUGUGGACAAUGUGAUAGGAAAUAUGACUCGGAGUUCCUACUCGAGCAUCAUAGACGUAGACAUGAAGGUAAAGACGAUUGUGCACUGUGUGGGAAAAUUUGUAAAACUGAAAGAAUCUGGAAGGUUCACAUGAUGCAUCAUAACCCGACUGUGUCGUGUGAAGACUGCGAUAAGAAGUUUGUCACAAGGGUUCAGUUGAGCCGUCAUCGACGUCAUGCGCAUCGACCGAUGCGUCUGCCAAAGGUUAAGAAAUCUUCGAAUAGACCGAACCAGAAGUGUGAAAUCUGUGAUCGUGUAUUUUUUUGGCCUGAAUCAUUUAGGAGGCAUAAGAAAAUUCAUGAAGUAGGACCAAGUAAAGUACGUAAGCCUAAAUGGACAAAAGUGAAAAUGACAGAGAACAUUUCUGCCUCUGUAUCUUGCGGUGAUGAACAACCAAAUGACCUCCAAGACUGUGAGACCAUGUUGACCGCUGCCAGCGCUGGUACCUCUAAAGACACUACUGAGCAUCACAGUGAUGAGGAAUCUGGGCAGCUCAGUGAAGAGGAUUCGGAUGACACUCUGGCCAUGAUUAGAGAAGCUGUGUUACUGUUAGAGCGACGAGACCCUGAUGAGAGCGAUGCGAGAGAGACCGCGGAGCCAGAAGAGGUGCAGUUUGUAGCAGAGGUGAUGCCAACUGGUGCAGUAAACUUGAAGGUUACUAAAAGGAAACGAGAGGAGAUACAGUUGACUGGUGAUGUUGCCGAGGGAAAACAAGUGGAAAAGAAGUCGACGGAUAAAGUUGCUAAAAAGAGGAAAGUGGAGAACACUGAUGAUGUUGCAAAUGACUCCGAUACGAGUGGGUUGACAGAAGGUGUGAACAAUCUCCGAUGUGUGUUAUGUAAACAAGAAUUUGCGAAUGAGUUGUCAUUCAUUACCCAUGAUUGCAUGACAAUCAAGCCACUUACGUGUAAACACUGUGAAAAGAAAUUUAACGACUUAGUGAAAUUCCGGUUGCAUCUUAAGCGUCAUCGCCUGAUCAGAUAUGAUUGUGACAAGUGCGAUUUGAACUUUCGUUCUUUGGAUAUUUGGCAGCGCCAUAUGAAGGAACACGAAGAGGAGGGGGGGAAAAGACAUAAGUGUGAGAGUUGUGUCAUGGAGUUUUUCCACGAGGAAAAUCUCCUGCUGCAUGCGAGGAAGCAUGCAUUUCGAAAUGUUCAUGAAUGUGGCAUGUGUCCAAGGGUAUACAUGGCAAAACACGCUUUGAAGAAGCAUGAGGAAUCACAUGUCAAACCGGAGUAUUUUCAGUGUAAAAUCUGCCUGAAAAACUUUGUAUUCAAGGCGAAGUUUGUACAGCAUGCCAAGAACUGUCGCCAAUGCCGAGCUUGUCAUGAGAUUUUUGAGAAAAGAGGAUCAUAUUUGAAACAUGUGCGUGAAUUUCAUCCAGUUUUUCAUGUUUGUGAAUACUGUGGUAAAAAAUCCAAGGGAAAGAAAACUCAUCUAAAGCAUCUAGGUCGUCACGCAAACCCCCUGAUGUGUAAAGUUUGUCAUAGAGUCUUUAAAUUUAAGUGUCAACUGGUGGACCAUGAAGUGAUACACUUCAGCGACCGGCCAUUUAAAUGUACGUUCUGUGAAAAAACUUUCAAAGUGGAAAGGGCGAGGAUCAGCCAUGAGCAUAUCUGCCAUCCCACUGAAAACCCCUGGAAAUGUAAGCAGUGUGGAGAAACAUUUCUUCAGAGGUUCGACUUCAGAAUGCAUGUCCAAAGUUGCAGCGAACUAGCAAGCUAACUGAAGCGGCUCUGUAGAAUUGACUAGUCUGACUGCAGAAAUUGUCUUGAGAUUAUUGAGUAAAUGACAGUGUGUGGUUCAACACUGAGUUCAGGUGAGGGAGCAUGUUAUCAUGAAUUUAAAAAAGAAACUGUUCAUCUCGGGGGGGGGGGGGGGAUGGUCAAAGAAAAUGACCCCCAUCUGUUCGUCUUCAUUUUUUGGCUUUGUAUAAUUUUGACAUGUUCCCUCAUGAGCUUGAAAGAAUGGUGUUGAUCAAUUAUGGAUGAUCCCUGACCUGUUAUCGAGAGGAAGAGAAUGUUUAGUGUUCUGAGAUUGUUUGAAAGAUAAAGGUGUUCAGUCGUGCCUGUACGGGCAGACAGUUGUUUCGAAAUCAAUUGUCGCAUAUUUUGCAUUGUUGUUUUUCAAUGUGACCACUUGUAAA